UGGUGAAUCGUGAACUGCACACACACACACAUCAGCACACAUGCCGCGCCGCCAGCCAGGGCGUCACGGGUGGGGGCGGUGUUUGGUGUCCGUAAAAGAAUUCGAUUUACGCACCGCCCGCCGCCGCCCCUCCACUCGCGUGUCUAAGCUUGUUUUCCGUAAAUACGACUCCGGCUCGAGAGGACGGGAAGCGCUGCGCAGCGGAUAACUCGGGCGCUGGGAUGGGUUGUGGAUAUCAGGAGAUGCCUCAGAAAUACGGAGUUUUUUGGAAACUCCGAGUGUGCACUGUGCACCGUGGAGUGCCAGGGCCUGCCAGUGUGCCGGGACCGGGAGACUCAGUGCCUCAGUUUGGCUGCGGCCGCGGUGACGGGUGGAUGUGUCUGCCCCGCUUCCCUCGUCCCCGCCACACGCUCACUAUUACUCCAGCCGCCGCCGCUGCCGCGCCUGGCAUGCCCCGCCGCCCCCUGCCCUACACAGCGCUACUCCCCGUUAUCCCCGCCGCGUCCUGCCAGCAUGUGGCGAGGUUGAUGUCCUGCUAGGCGCGGGUCACCCACACGAGGACCUCACAAACUGAAUAGACCCGCCACACACUGACCAAGGCAAUGAUGGUUGUUGCGGCGUGAGUAGCAGCGCCUGACCCUUCCUGUCCUCUGCUCGCCCCCGCCCCCCCUGCCCCGCGCCGCCAUGAACGAGUCCGAUGUGCUUGACGUGACCUGCGGCGGUAAUGACACCUGGGAGGGGAACGUCACCUCCAACAACACCGUUGAGCACCUCAACGUGAGCGGCCAGUAUCCGCUGGACCUGGCCGUGCCGCUGUACGGGUAUGCGAUGCCCGUGCUGCUGUUGGUGACCACGGUGGCUAACACCCUCAUCGUGGCCGUGCUGUGGCAGCCACAUAUGCGUUCCCCAACCAACGCCGUGCUCAUGGCCAUGGCGCUCUCCGACAUGCUGACGGUGCUCUUCCCGGAGCCCAUGUUCUUCUACAUGUACACCCUUGACAACCACGCCAAGCCGCUGCACCCGCCCGCCGCCUGCUACGCGUGGUACGUGCUGCACGAGGCCAUUCCCAACAUGUUCCACACGGCCUCCAUCUGGCUGACCGUGCUGCUGGCCACGCAGCGCUACAUCUCCGUGUGCCACCCGUCGCGUGCACCUCGCUGGUGCACCCAGUCCAUCGUCACCUGGGCCAUCGUCUGGGUAUUUUUCUUCGCCGCCAUCCACCAGACGCCGAGGGUCUUCGAGAACCGCUACGAGUCAGCGCAGAUGGAAUGGGAGGGCCAGUGUGUGUGGGUGUGCAGAGUCUUUUACAAUAGUUGGGUCACCGCUAUCAGUCUCGAUGUCUACUAUCCAAUAUACUUCUGGUUCCGGGUUGUGUUCGUACAUCUGGGGCCGUGCACGGUGCUCGUCGUGCUCAACGUGUUGCUUUUCAAAGCCCUGAAAGAGGCACAGGCGCGGCGGAAGAAGCUGCUCAACGACAAGAGCUCCGGCAAGGAGUGCCGGAAGCUGCGUGACCACAACACAACGCUGAUGCUGAUCGUGGUCGUGUCUGUGUUCCUGGUGACAGAAAUCCCCCUCGCGGUCAUCACCGUCCUCCACAUCAUUUCAAACUCCGGUCUCAGAAUCUUUUCGGAGGAGUCAUACGACAUUGUCAUGCGCUUCUUCAUCAUCUCAAACUCCUUCAUCAUCUUUUCGUACCCCAUCAACUUCGCCAUCUACUGUGGCAUGUCGCGUCAGUUCCGCGAAACCUUCCGUGAUUUGUUCGUCCGCGGCGGGAGUCAGUCUUGGCGACGUAUGGACUCGACUCGCGACUCCCGCGGGUCCAUGUACAACGGGCCUCCCCGCAACUGCAGAUCACUGACUUCAGAAACUAUAAUCUGAGGGCGGGCAACGCCAGGUGAGGGCGGCGCCUCGAGGCGCCCCUCAUCUGGCUGCCAAACCACCUCAGAGUUCACGGGUCAGACCUUCUACAACGGCACACGCAGCUCCGUGGCCAACGUGAGUGACCUGGCUGAGAGCCAAUCUCCGGAAGCCACUGUGCCCCGCCGAGGAGGCCUGGCCAGGAACAUGACGGAGGUUGACUACUAUCAGCUGGAGACGUUGGAGGGGGGCUGCGUCGGGGCGGAGGGCAGUUCCCAAGAGAACACUCCAACUGGCGGGGGUGAGCGGGAGGGGCUGCUGGUAAGUGGCUCUCGUGGAGAGGGCCGCCGCAGCCCCGCCGCCCUCAGGGUCCACUUCGAGAAAAACAGCAGCCCAGGGUGCGGCGAGGAGGAAGAGAAAGAAGAGGUGCGGGCGGCUGUCAGCGAAACUGUUUUGUAGGCAACCCAUAGCAGAUUCCUCCGUGCGUUCGUCCGUCUGGCUGAUCAGCGUGAAUCGUCAUCAUGGCAACGCUAUUAUUAGGGUACUUAGUGAUCCCGUUGCGUCACUGCUACUGCUGCUGCCGAUGAUGAUGAUGAUGCUUCGGUCGCUGCGUCACACCUCCUGCGUCAUCGAAGCGUCGUGGUUGCGUCAUCAGGUGUCGUUGGAAAGAUGUGUGUGAUUAGGUAUUUGUGACUUGGAAAAGGUCACUAAAGGGGGAGAAAAAGUUCCCUCUAAGGAUAAUGUUGGUGAUGGUGAUGAUGGUGGUGAUGGUGGUGAUGGUAAUUGUGGUGAUGGUGAUAAAUAUCUACAUCUGGUGAUACUACUACUACUACUACUACUACUACUACUACUACUACUAUACUACUACUACUACUACUACUACUACUACUACUACUACUACUACUACUACUACUACUACUACUACUACUACUACUACUACUACUACUACUACUACUACUACUACUACUACUACUACUACUACCACUACUACUACUACUACUACUACUACUACUACUACUACUACUACUACUACUACUACUACUACUGCUACUACUACUACUACUGCUACUACUACUACUACUGCUACUACUACUACUACUACUACUACUACUACUACUGCAACAACAACAACAGCAACAACAAGAACAUCAUCAUCAUCAACAACAACAACAACAACAAAAACAACAACAACAACAACUCUACUACUACUACUACUACGAGGACGACAACGACGACGACGGCGACUACUAAUACUAUGACAACUACUACUAAUACUACUCCUACUUCUACUACUAUUACUACAACUACGACUACUACUACUACUGCUACUACUACGACUACGACUAUUGCUACUACUACUACUACUACUACUACUACUACUACUACUACUAUUAUUAUUAUUACUACAAUCUUUAUCAUUAUUUUUAUUUCUAUUAUUAUUAUUAUUACUACUACUAUUAUCACUGCUACUACUGUUACUACUACUACUACUACUACUACUACUACCACUACUACUACUACUACUACUACUACUACUACUACUGCUACUACUACUUUUAUUAUUAAUGAUGACUAUGUAAUUAUAACAAUGAUAAUAUAAAUUGGUAUUACUAUUAUGACAACAGUAACAACAACAACAACAAUAUUACCAAUGAAAUAACCCAGCCAGUAUUCAAACUCCGCUACCUCGCCCAGACAGAGGUAUGGAGCUGGACGCCACGGAAACGGUUCGAAUACUCGGUGAGUUAUUUCAAUUUGUCCAAGUAUGGCCAAUAAUAUUUGAUAACAAUCACAACAAAAACAGCAGCAUUAUAAUCAACAAAAAAAAAAAUACCACUGUCAUCAACAGUAACAAUAACCAAUGACCAGUAACGUCAGAUCCAGCAACAAUGACAAAAGCAACGACAAUAACUAUAACAACAUCUACAAAAACAUAAAUGAUAAAGGACACGAAAGAAAGAGAAGGGAAAAAUCCAUCAUAUAUCGGUUAACCACCACCGCCACCAACAACAACGCAGGACAUCAUCAGCGGUAGAAGUGGCAACAAUGCAAUCAACAACAACAACAACAACAACAACAACAACAACAACAACAACAACACAGAAGACAAGGGACGCAAAACCAAAGCAGACUCACAGAAUCACAUAAACCAACAAUAACAACAACAAUAACAACAACAACAACGGAGGAGACAAAAUGCGCUUAACCUGAGAAAAAAAAGAACAAGCUAUAUUUUUUCCGCUAAAGUAACGUGAAAGUAUUAAGUGUCGCGCCUCGAGUGACACGUGUGUGAUAAAGUGACAGCCAGGUGGGAGUGAAUACAGACAGGUGUGACAUGAAUAUUUAAAGGGUAUUUGUAAUAGAUUCGUGUUCCUAAGGUGACGAUUUUGUGAUAGAGAGACUUCACAUCGAUGGACUAAAGUGUACGGAAAAAAAAAGUGAAGUAUGUGCUGCGGAAGUCACGUGUUUGGAGGGACAGGUGCGGUGCGUUGUGACAGGUGUGAGUGUGUGUGUGUUUGUACGUGUGAUUAAAUUCAGGUAUCAAACACGAGAGAGAGAGAAGAAAAAUAGUACCUGAAUCAACGUUUUUGUGACUGGCCUGAAUACUGUACAGCCGGUGAUGCUUAGGUGACUGGCGAGGCCCCGAGAGGAAACUGACAAACAAAGGAGAAGAGGAAAGGAGAGGAAGGAAAAUAUUAUACGAGAAGAUACUAGUAAAAACCACGUUAAAUUUUAUGGUGCUGCUUCUCAGUAGGUGCUCAGCCAUCCCCUGCCCCUCCUCCUUCACCUUGGGCUGACCUGGUUCUCGUUCCCUCCCCACGUGUCCCCACUCCCCCCAUUCCCCAUCACUCUUCCCUCCCCGUGAAUUACCCUGUAUAAAGAAAGCUACAAUAUACUAGCAAACACGUCGAUGUCAUAAUAGGUGUGAAUACGUUUAUAAAUGCAACCAUGAAUAGAGUAUUUAAUAUAUAUAUAUAUACAUAUACAUAAAAAGCAUACCAUUAAUGUUAUUGGUGGACGGUGAGGGAUUACCUAAUUAAUGAGAAAGCAUCCCUCCCUCACGCCAAGCCGCGCUGGCGUGAGGAAGGUGAGGCUCUUUCUGUGUGUACCUGUAUGUGGAUGUGUGUGUGUGUGUGUGUGUACGUAUACCUGUGUGUGCACCUUGCUCGAUUGGUGACGAUGAUGACGAUGAUGAUUUUUCCGUGUCAGCUGUUCAAGGUAGUUAAAGCAUUCCUCAUAUUCUGCGUUCACAUUUCUUUGUUUUUCGUUUUCUUUUAUCAGUUUUCUCUCUCUCUCUCUCUCUCUCUCUCUCUCUCUCUCUCUCUCUCUCUCUCUCUCUCUCUCUCUCUCUCUCUCUCUCUCUCUCUCUCUCUCUCUCUCACUUUGUAUCUGUGUUAUCCUCUUCGUCCCUCCUCUUUCUUCUUUAUUAUCUGUUUCCUCUUGCUACUCUUUCCUGCCUCCUUUUUUCCUCUCCUUUUCAUGUUCGUCUUACUCCUCCUCCUCCUCCUCCUCCUACUCUUCGAUGUCUUGCCCUCCUCCUCUUCCUCCUCCACCUACUCUUCUUCCUUGUCCUUGCCCUCCUCCUCCUCCUCCUACAUUACACCCAAGCUUUCAGAGUGUGGCAUUAGAGCUUCGUACCUCCCCCCCUCCCCCUCCUCCACAACCAACACCACCUUCACUCACACACUACGACCUCUUCCUCAACCCCCUACCCCUUCCCCCUUCCCUCUCCUCCUCUCCCUUCCCUUCCACUCCCUCCCCUGCCUCACCUCGGUGCUCUUCUGACUCAUGUGACCCUCAAAUGCAAAUAACACAAACACAACCCCAUCCCCUUCGUCUCCCUUUACUCCUCCUCCUCCUCGUCCUCCUCCUCCUCCUCCUCUGCGUCCUCGUCUUCCUCCGCCCCAACCUUGAAACUCUCUACUUACUUGCUCUCUCGCCUCCUCUUCCUCCUCCUCCUCCUCCUCUUCCUCCUCCUCCUCUCUUCUCUAAUCCCCUUCUUCCUCCCCGUUCAUCAUGCCAAACUAAUCUUCUUCCUCCUUCUUCCUUCCUCUUACCUCCUAACACUCUUCCUCUUUCUUCGACGCCCUACCUUCUGCUGCCUCCCCUCCUCCUUCCUCUUUCCUCCUUCCUGCUUUCUUCCUCCUUCUUGGCUGUGGUGGUGGAGAGCUGAAUCCCCAAGAAGCCUCCCCUCGCCUCGUCUUCCCCUCGUCUUACCUUUUCCUUCGUCUCCCCUUCCCCACUUCUCCCCUUCCCAUUCUCCCUCCCUGGCAGGUUCGUCGACACGCUGGUGGUCACUCUGUCCCACGCUGAGCCCCUAGUGCACAGAGUGAUCACUAGUGGCUCCCCUCACCUCACUUCACUCUCACCUCACUCUCAUCUCAUUACUCAGCCCUCAUGCUCAUCGCCCACGCUCCAUCACAUCUCACAUUCUUACGUUCCCUUUCAUCAUAUCAUUGUUUUCUUCCCUCAUGUAAUCGCCUUCCCCUUCCUUACUUCAUUCCCAUUCUCAUUCCAGUAUCGAGCCUGUCCGAGGGUGAGGAAUAUUCCCACUUUUUGGAAUUAUCUUUAUUGAUGGAGUGACUGUAUGUGUGUGUAACAUAUGUGGAAAUAAUAUUAAUAGCUAUGUAUUCGUAAUGAUGGUAAUAAUUAUCUAAUAAAUAAAUAGUAAUAAUA